AUGACGCAAAAUGACCUGUCGCAAACUGACGUCAUACAUGUACCUUUAGAGCUGCGAGAUGCUGUUCUCGUAAUGAAGAAAUCUUCUGCAUAGGGAAUGGAUUGACGGUUUGAAAAGCAACCUAGAAAUAGAAAGUAAUAACGUCCUUACUGGACCUCUAGGGAGAACAGUUUAGAACUGAUAGAGCUAUCCAGUAUAAAUAAAGUUAGUUUAGUUUAGGUUUCCACAGUCCUGGUGUAACACUGGAUCAAUAAGUGAUGAUCCUUACUGGACCUCUAGGAAGAACAGUUUAGUACUGAUAGAGCUAUCCAAUAUAAAUAAAGUUAGUUUAGUUUAGGUUUCCUCCUGUAGUAACACUGGAUCAAUAAGAGAUGAUCCUUACUGGACCUCUAGGAAGAACAGUUUAGUACUGAUAGAGCUAUCCAGUAUAAAUAAAGUUAGUUUAGUUUAGGUUUCCUCCUGUAGUAACACUGGAUCAAUAAAAGAUGAUCCUUACUGGACCUCUAGGAAGAACAGUUUAGAACUGAAAGAGCUAUCCAGUAUAAAUAAAGUUGGUUUAGUUUAGGUUUCCUGCUGUAGUAACACUGGAUCAAUAAGAGAUGAUCCUUACUGGACCUCUAGGAAGAACAGUUUAGAACUGAUAGAGCUAUCCAGUAUAAAUAAAGUUAGUUUAGGUUUCCUGCUGUAGUAACACUGGAUCAAUAAGAGAUGAUCCUUACUGGACCUCUAAGAAGAACAGUUUAGAACUGAAAGAGCUAUCUAGUAUAAAUAAAGUUAGUUUAGUUUUCCUGCUGUAGUAACACUGGAUCAAUAAGAGAUGAUCCUUACUGGACCUCUAAGAAGAACAGUUUAGAACUGAAAGAGCUAUCCAGUAUAAAUAAAGUUAGUUUAGUUUUCCUCCUGUAGUAACACUGGAUCAAUAAGAGAUGAUCCUUACUGGACCUCUAAGAAGAACAGUUUAGAACUGAAAGAGCUAUCCAGUAUAAAUAAAGUUAGUUUAGUUUUCCUCCUGUAGUAACACUGGAUCAAUAAGAGAUGAUCCUUACUGGACCUCUAAGAAGAACAGUUUAGAACUGAAAGAGCUAUCCAGUAUAAAUAAAGUUAGUUUAGUUUUCCUCCUGUAGUAACACUGGAUCAAUAAGAGAUGAUCCUUACUGGACCUCUAGGAAGAACAGUUUAGAACUGAUAGAGCUAUCCAGUAUAAAUAAAGUUAGUUUAGUUUACUGUAGGUCUCCUCCUGUAGUAACACUGGAUCAAUAAGAGAUGAUCCUUACUGGACCUCUAGGAAGAGCAGUUUAGAACUGAUAGAACUAUCCAGUAGAAAUAAAGUUAAUUUAGUUCUGGUUUCCUCUUGUAGUAACACUGGAUCAAUAAGAGAUGAUCCUGACUGCAUCUUUAGGGAGAACAGUUUAGAGCUAUAGAUCUAUCCGGUAUAAAUAGGUUCGUUAAAGUGGUCUCAUUCAUUUUGUUUUCAUUGUAGGACAACGAGAAAGUCUCUGUUCUUUACGACGAACGUGAGAGAAAGCUGACGGAUCUGGAACACCAUUUAGAGAAAAUGAAACAACAGCAAGAUAACUUGCAGAAGAAACUCAAAGACGAAACUGAAAAGAAAUCAAAAAUGGAAAGAGAAGUGCAGAAAGAUCAACAGAGGAUCAAAGAGCUAGAAGAAAAGAAUGUUCAGAAUGAGAAAAUAUUGAAGAGAAAGACGGAGGAAGUUGUGGCAGCUCAGAGAAAGCUGAGACGCAAGACUUCCAAGGAAGAGAA